AUGUCAUACUACGUCCUGACACUUCUACUAGGAUUAUCAGGAUAUAUCAACGCACAAACGACGAGACCCCCACCAACAUGUGACUAUUACAUGACUUGUCAAACAGCUUUGAAUAAUGAGCUCAAUCUUACCAAUCCUCAACCGUGGUUUUACCCGGAAGAGUUCAGGAACCAGGUGGAGAAGUAUUAUCAGCAACAAGGACCUACUGGAUUGAGAACUGUUUGCAAAGCAUUCCGGCACUUCAAAGGAUGCAUGGGAAACGAAUACUCGGCAUGUAUGACACCAUCGUACUUCGUUACCGCUUCAGUACCAACGUUGAAAUCCUAUCAGUUUGUGAGCACAUUUAACCAAAUGCACUAUGUUUGUGGAGGAGGGAUGCAAAUCUAUAUGGAUAACGAAGAUUGUAUGUCGAGUACAUGGGGUGGUGAAACUGGGCAACAGUUAAACGCUUGUCGUUACAAUUUUGAACAAAAAAGCGAUGUUGCACCUGACAACGCAUGCUUCCUGGCAAACACAUUUUCGUCAUGCUUCGAACAACAAUUCCAGCAAGGAUGUGGUGUAAAUGCUCGAGAUACACAGUUUUGGGGAUGUGAAUACGCUCGAGUGGAGGUGUUCACUCGUUUCCCUCAAUGUGAUAUCAGUUGUGUUUUACCAUAUGCUGGAGGUAUCAUCGGUUAA